AUGCGCGCAGCUCUCAUGUCCAGCCUUGCGCUCGCGCCCUUGGCGCUCACCCAGAGCAUCAACAUCACGAAGACGGAGGAUGUCGACUUGGAAGCGAAGGUUGGCGAGCUAGGUUGGGGCGCGGACAACCUCGCGUUUGGUUACUCCGCAGGCGCAGGGCUUAACUUUUCUACCGACUUCGUCGGAGGUGGCUUCAAUGCUGGAGUCCCGGGACAGUCUGAGGGUGCGCUCGGGGGCGGGUGGACGCUGACCAACUCGACGGUGGAGUUUGGCCUGGGCGGCGUGUUCAACAACCAGAGCUUCAAUGUUGCGGUCACCGGUGACAAGGAGACUGGGCAGCUCACGGUGACGGUCAAUGGCAAGGCGAUCCCGCUGUGA